GCGACAACCACGACGCGACACCCGUGAAAGCCGCCACAGCCUCGGAAUGGCGGCCUAUCCACAGGCUUUUGUCCACUGAAUGUCCUCCCUUCUCGCCCCUCUCUCCCCUCCCAUCCGCCUCCUUCGACGCGUGCAUAACGAGCCACCUCGAACAUGUCGGCCUUCAAGGCGCUUAAUGUUGAAUCGGACAACGAGUCCGAGGAUGAAGUCGAUAAUACCAAAGAAAUCCAGAUCGAGGACGCCCUGAAGCUCUACCAGACGGCCCUCAAGUACCAUUCCGAGGGCCCACCAUCUUUCGACAAAGCUGCCGACGCUUAUAAAGCCCUUUUCAACUCCGAAAUAUUUAAAUACACCGAGUCUCUGUCGGAAUACAAGCGUCAUGAGCUGUUUGGGGAAAACUUGGAGUUCGACAAUAUCCUGCAGGACGAGUUCGAAUCAGGACCGGUCCAACUCGUCGGCGGCAACGAGAGCGCGCCAAAUACCCUACCCCAAAUAUUGCACCUUUCGUACAAGAACCAUGGCCAGUUCAUGUUGGAGACGAUGCAGCACUGGCUUAGGGAACAUGGUGCAGUGCUGCAGCUCCUCGAAUCGAACCACGUGAUCCUUGCCCUGACAUACUUCGCAGAAGCCCUGGACAAGGAAGAUACAGAUCUAGAUCUGUGGAUACGUACAGCUUCGGUAGCGGCCCUCCUAGGCAGCCGGCGUAUCACAAGGUUCUGCUUAGAAGCCGUCUUGGAUGGGGACGAUGAACUACUCGGCAGCAUCCUCCGUCUCCCUGGCCUUGAAGAGGGUUUUGCAGGACAGCAAUUGAGGGAACUAGUGGAAAAGCUGGAGGAUAAUGUCUCGCUUAUGCAAGCACCUCUGUCGUCCAUGAAGCGCAAAAAGCUUUCAGAAACCCUGAAGAAGCGGCUGAACCCCUACCCAUUCGCACCCUUACCCUGCGAAGUCGCAAAGGCAGGCCCCUCAGAGAGACUUCGUGGAACACCCGAGCGCAUCUUCCUAAACCCGAGCAAGUGGGACUGGGCUGCUGUUGGAGAGGCGAUUUUGCACCACUUCAUGGCCGAGCAAGGUGGCUUCAUUGAACCAUCUCCCGGCUCAAGCUUGAAUAUCAACAUACCUCCAGAUGCCAAUGUUGACGGAGAGGAUAAACCGAACGAUACUCCUCCUGAGGAGGAAGUAGUCGUUCUCGCAUCUGAAGUGACUCAUCCUGUGCAGGUUCCUGAAAACGCUUCUGCCACAGUGGAGAAUGCUGCAACGUCCGCAAAGGAGGGUCAAGAUGUCUCCAUGGAGGAUCAGGACAAGGAUUUAACGGUGAAAACUGAGGAUGCAGGAUCAGUGACACCUCAAGAAUCUGCACCCACGCAAUCUCGAAAACGUUCGACUGACUCUGCUGGUCUUCCCGAAACAGCAGAGGGAGGACGCGCCCGCAGUAAACGUCUUCGAGCCCGCGAGACGGUUACCGAUGGGAGCACUGGACCUGACUCUGCCGGCCCAGAUCUAGCAAAACAAAUCGAAGAUCAGCUUUCCCCACUACUUCUCGCGGACCAGUAUCUCUUCGAGGUCGUUAACGAUAUUUUUGUUAGACUUGGUGUCGAAGGCCUCGGUUCUCCCAAAGAACUGAGAGACUUUGUUAUCGCUGGCGAACCAGGGAUCGCAGCCACUAGUGACAUUGACAGGGCUGCAUGUGACAUGUACGCAUCGAUACAGGGCGGUGGUUCGAAGAUAGCCGCGGUUUUUCUCAGCAACGAGACUGUCGACCUUGGCGGGAUGUCGAGAGAAGCUGGGUUGAAUGCCUUCCUAGGCUAUGCCAAGACAAGUACCUCACAAGCUUGUGUUAAACCUAUUCUAGGAAACGAGAGGCUGGCGCCAUUUGCGCACAAAAUCAACGUGGAAUGGCUGUCAGCCCAAGAAGUCGCAUUAGCCUGGCUUGAGGCCUUGCUCCUACCUGGUUCACUUCCUUCACCUGAUCCUUCAGGUCAAGGCAGCAGAUCUAGCUAUAUGCAAUAUCAGUGGGCUGAAGACCUCAAAAGGCACCUGGUGCAAAUCAUUGUUAACUUUGAUGAUUUCAUAUACGGGCGACUCUCCGACCGGAUAUCUGAUCUCAAUUCGAGGAUAUUGAAGGUUCAGGUUCAAUCCGGCAAAUACCGAUUUUCAGAACAGGAUGCGUCUCAACUCGAAAUGGUCGAAACACUGUUUGAACUUCACCUAGACAUAUAUUCCCUAAUUAAACAUCCUCAUAGUGGAGUGGACUCCGCCACACAGACAGUUCAGAAUGACCGUCUAGGGAGAUGGUUAGCCCUAGCGCGAGACGCGCUUCAGCUUCGAUCGGACUGCGAUCCUGACAUCGGCCUUGAUCAACUAGCUCUCCGUCACAUUUGGGCUUCCGUCUUCCGUCUAAGUGUUACUGAGGAGGUUCAGCCGGAAUAUGUGAUCUUCUCCAUGGAGGAGCUCAAAGCAAUCUUUCAGUCGCGCGACGGGCCAGUGAUCGAGGUCCAAAAUAAUGCAGUCAUGCCCGAACUGUCCAUCGCCGCCAUCGACCGCGAACUUGCUCGGAUUAGUAUGAAAGAUUUUUUCUUAAGAGUGUUUGAUCAAGAUGACAAGGACCCUGUCGCAGUCAUCGAAAGCUUGGAGCCAAUCCUAGAACCCAUACAGGAGAUACAGCAAACUUUUCAACCAGACACGUCUAGUAACGACGAAGACCAGGUGGGUUCUCAAGCCUCCUCCUCUACUGUUGGGAAUACAUCAGAUCAUCCUUCCGAACCCCAGUUUCCGCGGCCAACACCAUUCCAGGAAAUGAGGAAAUUCCUUGAUACAGCCUCCGUUUCCCUGAGGCUAUCGCUUUGGCAACGUUUGAGAGAAGCCUAUGAAAGCAUCGAGUACCCGCCUAAGGUUAUGUCUUGUUAUCUGCGGAGUAUCGAAACUCUAGUCGGGGAGUUCAAGUCUUCUAGCUACAGGGAAUGCCAGCCACCAGAGCGUCACGUCAGGGUAAUGAGCAGACUGCGUAUCAUUGACGAAAUUCUCGUCAAGAUUCUGCAAAUAAUCAGGGACGAGAAGACUGCAUUCGACUGCCUCUCAUAUGAGCACAUGCAAAGCUCUAUGACGGCCCUUUGUGAGUUGCUCCGGAUUAUGAACGCAGAAAAUAUCUUCGAGGAUUUGCUGCGCGUGGGGCAAGCUACUGCACCGAGAUUCGAGGGAUGCCCCAACAACACGUUCGUCACCAUGACCACGAGGCUUCAUGAUAUGCAACUUAGGGUCUGGAUUCUUCAGUAUCACCUUCUGAAAGAGGGUAUCGCGCAAUCUCCCGAUGCUUUCCCGACUCCCUCUGAAGAUCAAUUUGAGUUCUUGCGCCAUGUUCACUACGCGACAGGUGUGCGAGGCUUUUGCCACCUAGCUGGCCGCUUAUUCCUUAGAUUGGUGAAAGAUGAGAUGCUCCGGCUAGACGAUGUAAUGGAUGGCAAUACUCGUGACACGGAAGUUGCGCAAGUGCUGUACGAUCUUUACGGAUUGAAAACAUUCAUCAACACCCUAGAAUGCCAUGAAUUCAGCUCCGUUCCUGAGAUUCUAGACAAAAAGACUGCGUCACAGCUUUUACCGUUCAUUCAGUCUCAGGCGCGGAAAUUGAGCAUAAAAGACCUCCCGAAGACUGAGCUUAAAGUUACGAUUGACAAGGUACACGGCGCGCUUGGUCGAACGAAGGAGAGCAGGGACAUUACUCUAAACCGAAAGAUGCUUAUGAACUACGUUAAAUCACCGAUAACCCCAAUCUCACUCUUCAAUUGUUUGAAGGGUGUUGGUUCUCUCUCCACAAAAUACAUCGCCUCUAAUGCAGCCAUUCCACAAUCUAAAGGAUGGUUCUUUCUCAUGGGGAACAUCGCUUUGAACAAAUUCCGAUCGCAAAAGAGACUAGUCCCCGGUCCUACCGAAGAUAUUCACAUCGCACAAGCAUUUUUCAUGCAAGAUCUGGAGUACUCAAUAGAUCGAUGGGAGUCAUGGUACCGUUUGGCCCAGGCAAAUGACGCCCAAAUUGAGGAAGCUGUCUCUUGGACCGCAGAGAAACUCAAUAGCGGCAGCCUAGAGCUCAUUCAUUUCCAGAGAGCUGCAAUCCACUGCUAUUCAAUGGCUGUAGCCUGCGCCGUUCGAGAUGCGGAUGUUGCUCCUCAGACCAUCGCGAAAGUGUCCGAGAUGUACACGCAUUUUGGAAACAGAAUAUAUGCUUCGUCGCGAGAACCAUUUAGUAUGAGCGCAUUCAAUCUCCGGGAGAGCGAACAGAAGUACUAUAGUGGGGUCACAACGAUGCAGGUGUAUCAAUAUGUCCCAUUCCAACCGUUGCAGUACUAUACAGCUUGGAAAUUCGCCAGCGCGUUGUUCAAGCGUGCCAUCCACGGCAACCCUGACAAAUGGUGGAACUAUUUCAUGCUUGGUAAGUGUCUUUGGAAGAUGUACUGUGAUAGUGAGAAUGCCGCCGCGGACGCGGUAGCGCAAGGGAAGAAUCCACCGCCUAAGGGACCCUCGUGGGAGGAGGUAAUUGAUGCUUUUAUUGGCGCUCUCGAGAAUCUUCCUGGAAAGAAAGAACGUCGCGAACCCAUUAUGGAACCCCACUAUAAGCUCGUCUCAAUCGUUCAUAAACUUUUUCAACGCAAAGCUAUCGAUCACGAGAAGGGAGAAGAGAUAUUAGGGAACACAUCUUAUUCGCAAAACAUCGUUGGCCCUGAGAAUCCUGAUGAUUGGGAAAGGUAUAUUCUCGCUGUACUCAAAGCUCUCCGAGCCGCAGAUAAAUCCGGAUGGCACCACCGAAUGACUGCUCGUGCUGCUCAUGUCAUAUACGACGACUCGAAUGAUACAAUGGUCGCGCUCGCUGCGAAGCACGAGUUGACACAGCAAAUGUUCACCAAGACCAUGGCAGUACAGGUCUGGAAACCAGAACAUGAGCGCCCGGGUAGGCAUUUCGUCUACACAUCCCGUUACACACGCUUUUUCGUCCAACUCUUAGUCCAGACUAGUGAUAGGACGAACCUAGAGGCCUUAGCUAAGCGUGUACGAAAGAAGCCGCAUGAGUUCUUCGAGCACUCCAAACUGUGGCAAGAAUUGUGUCUCUCGUACUUAAAGCUUUUGCGCAGAGUAGGGAAGAUCCCAGAUGGACAUGAAGACGCGGUUUUCAAGAUAAUGAACAACGACGAUUUCCAGGCGCAAGCUGCGCGAGUGGAAGCGUGGUGCCAAGAUCCGACCUCUCAACACCCAACUCUUGAAGUUCUACGAGAUAUCAUCGAGCUCAAGCGUCUCAAUAACGGCCUUAUGAAGGCUCUUCUAAUCGACGACCUUAUCGGCGACACCUAUGCCCUUCUUUAUGCGACAAUUGGACCAACCCUUGUGCCUGAACCUGUUCAGCCACAGCAGGUUCUGCAACUGCAACAAAGCGCAGCAAUGCCAUUGGGACAACCACCUUCAGGAACGCCUACAGUCUCAUCAAUGAUCCAUGUUCAAGUGGAUGGUGCUGGAGAUGCGCAUUCUAAUCCAAACAUGCCAUUGAACAUAUUCCAACCAGAUCAACAUCGGCCUCCGCAGCCCGAGACAGCCGCCCGCUCAAGAGCAAAAGCAGUCGGGCGCCGCGAAAUCCAACGGAAAGCUGAAGCCGCUGUUGCCAAACCAGUAGUCCCUAUCUCCAUUCCAGCAGCAAUCCCUAUCCGCUCGCCUUCAUUGGGAGGUCCACCUCAACUAAUUAUUCCUACGCGCAUCUCAUCAGAGAAGCCUGCAGCCGAGUCUACGCCAACCCAAGCGAAUGAACAAUUACAAGUUCCUAACAGCGGAACUGUCACCGCUGCUGGCAGUGUUGUUAACGCGGAAAGCAGUGUCCCAGCUUCCGUGCACGACAGCGCCGACGACGAAUCUGAGUUAAGCGAGCUAGAUGAGUCUGAAGUUCAGGAGAUUCACGACGCAAGUGAUGUGCAUGAUCCAGAGACUGUAACUGUCAAAUCAAUGUUUCCAAAUUUGAUGGCUAAUAAAGAGAAAGCAAAGGAGAAUGGUUCGAAUAAUGUGGAAAGUAGGACCGGAAGCUCGGAGCAGGGUACAACUGAAGAGAAGUGAGAAUCAGGGGUAGGAUAUCAGCUUUACUGGCGGUUCUGUUGCUUGUAUUCUGUCACAAAAGUAAAAUAUCGCCAGGUGUGCGGUUUGUUCCGCCUUUCUUCUAAAUUUAUGAUGGGUUUAUAGGAUUCAGAACAGGGGCUCGGCCUGUGUAACAACGAGCAGUAACAACGAGCAAUGCAUAUUUGGCGUUACAGGGGCUGAGGAAGGUAUUCUAGGGUUCUUCUUAUUCGAUACCCUG